GGCCACUGCCUGUCAAUCGCUGCCCAGCCCACCGCCCGACCCCCGCCAGCCAGCCGCCGCCGACAGCAGUUGCACGGUCCCGCUCGUACCUGACCGACGCCAUCCGCGCCCACCAAGCCCGCAAAAUGGCACCGCAACUCGACAGCUACUUCCAGCAGGUCGACGCCCUGUCGGACGCCUUCAUUGAGCGCCUGCGCCAGGCCGUGGCCAUCCCCUCCGUCUCGUCCGAAGCCGCCCGCCGCCCCGAUGUCGUCCGCAUGGGCCAGUUCCUCGCCGACGAGCUGACCAAGCUCGGCGCCCACGUCGAGCUGCGCCCGCUCGGCAAGCAGCCCGGCACCGACCUCGACCUGCCGCCCGUCGUGCUCGCCCGGUACGGGAACGACAAGAACAAGCGCACCAUCCUCGUCUACGGCCACUACGACGUCCAGCCCGCCCAGAAGACCGACGGCUGGGACACGGAGCCGUUCGAGCUGACCAUCAUGCCCGAUGGCCGCAUGUGCGGCCGCGGUUCGACCGACGACAAGGGACCCGUGCUGGGCUGGCUGAACGCUAUCGAGGCGCACAAGUCCGCCGGCAUCGAGUUCCCCGUCAACCUGCUCAUGUGCUUCGAGGGCAUGGAGGAGUACGGGUCAGAAGGGCUCGACGACCUCAUCAACGCCGAGGCCAAGAAGUUCUUUGCCGAUGCGGACGCCGUCUGCAUCAGCGACAACUACUGGCUCGGCACCGAGCGUCCUUGCCUGACAUACGGUUUGCGCGGCUGCAACUACUACAGCGUCGAGGUUUGGGGCCCGGGUGCCGACCUGCACAGCGGCGUAUUCGGCGGCACUGCGCAGGAGCCCAUGACGGACCUGGUGCGCAUCAUGAGCUCGCUCGUCGAUACCAACGGCAACAUCUUGAUUCCCGGCAUCGCGGAGCAAGUAGCCCCCGUCACUGCCGAAGAGGAGGGCCUCUAUGACGACAUCUCCUUCACCAUGGAGACGCUGCACGAGUCUCUCGGCAGCAAGACGACCAUCUUUGACGACAAGAAGCGCACCCUCAUGGCCCGGUGGCGGCAACCGUCCCUCUCGCUUCACGGCAUCGAGGGCGCCUUCUCUGCGCCUGGCGCCAAGACGGUCAUCCCCGCCAAGGUGAUCGGCAAGUUCUCGAUCCGGACGGUGCCCAACAUGGACAUCGACAAGACCAACGAGGCCGUGUACCGAUACGUGGAGGACGUCUUCAAGAAGCUUGGCUCCAAGAACAGCAUGAAGGUGUACGCCCAGCACACCGGCAAGUGGUGGGUCGCCAGCCCCAAGCACUGGAACUUCAGCGCCGCGGCCAAGGCCACGGAGCGCGUCUGGGGCGUCAAGCCCGACUUCACCCGUGAGGGCGGCAGCAUCCCGGUCACGCUCACCUUCGAGCAGGCGACCGGCAAGAACGUGCUGCUCCUGCCCAUGGGCAGCUCGACCGACGGCGCCCACUCCAUCAACGAGAAGCUCGACAAGCGGAACUACAUCGAGGGUAUCAAGCUCCUGGGCGCCUAUCUGCACUACGUGGCCGAGGAGCCCAUGAACUAG